AGCGGAGGAGGAGGCGGAGGAGGUGGAAAGGGGGCGGAGAUUGAGGAGGAGGCGGGGCCGACUUGGUCGCCUUCAUCAGAGCGAGAGGCUGCUCCACGAAGCAACGGAGAAGCAGCUGAGCUCCCUCCUCCCUCCCUCUAAGGAGGCGCCGUUGCUUGGGGACAUCCCAAGCGAGAGAGGGCAAUAAUAAGGAACUGAUUGCUUUGAAAAUGACACUACUGGGGCAUACUGAAGAAUGAUACUGAAUUAAUGUGGCAAGUGGUGAAUACAUUAAAAUAUGUACAGAGUCCCAAAAUCCUCAGGGAACAUCUAUUCAACAGAAGACACUAGUGAAGGAAACAAUGGCUGUAAUAAUGACAGUUCAGACUCUGAAGUCCAACAACAUUUAGAGAGUUUAUCCAGAGAACAACAAUCAUCUUGCAGUUGUACAGACAGCCACCCUCUCUUCAGUCAUAGAUGGAGAAAUGCCCAGUUGCCAUGCCCACCCAAGAAAAGUCUCAUCAGGCUCAUCUUUAAUUUGCUUGUGCUAAGCCUAAUAACUCCAUUUUGCUUAGUGAAAAAGGUCUGCUGCCCUUCAUCAAGCACAAGUUGGGCUCAGAAAAUUUUCUCUUUUGUACUCUUGUUCGUAUUUGUUUUUGGUGUAAUUUACACGGGACUCCUUGAUGGAAGCAAAUAUGAGAUAUUUGGGGAGAAAUGGAGAGACUUCUCCAUUUGUGAUCUAAUCCAGGGAGAAACAAAGGAUCUAAGAUCCCUAAUGAAGGCUAAUCGUAUUUUAGAAAGAAAGGCACUUGAAAUCCCACCUCUGAAGCAACAGGUAGAGACGCUACAAUCACAACUUAAUGGUCUGAGAUCAGGUGUAAAGGGCAUCACUCAUCUUGCUGUCAGUGAAGUACUAGGAAGAUAUACCAGCAAAGGCAUUGCAACAUGGAGUGUUGAAAAGGAGCUGAAAAGAUUAAUGCAAAAGCUGGAUGAAGACUAUGUUCAAAUGCCUGAUUAUGCUCUCAAAUCAGCAGGUGCCAGCAUUGUUCAGUCUAGAACCACUAGGAGCUACCACCAUGACGGAGGAAAAUAUUUCUGGAUGUCAUUCAUCUUGCUCCCUUUUGUAAAGUCUCCAGAUGUAAUUCUUCAGCCCAAUUACUACCCUGGAAACUGCUGGUCUUUCCCUGGAAAUCAAGGUGAAACUGUUGUUAAGCUAGCCGAGGAAAUCAUUCCAAGAGCCGUUACAAUAGAUCAUAUACCUAAGACCAUCUCCCCCACAGGAGAGAUCUCCAGUGCACUCAAAGAUUUUGCCAUUUAUGGACUAAAAGAAGAAAAUGAGAAGCAGGGAACUUUCUUAGGCCAGUUUGUUUAUGACAUUGAAGGAGAUUUCAUUCAAACUUUCCAACUGAAGAGUGAAUUUUCUGAAUUUAUGGGCUACAUAAAACUCAAAGUGCUAAAGAACUGGGGCCACCCAAACUACACCUGCAUUUAUCGCUUCAGGGUACAUGGAGAUAUUUCCUACUAGAUGCUGUAUGGAUGAAGCCUGUUUUCACAAGAGCAGGGUCACAAAGUAUGACAAACUGAUGUGAAUUUGUUGUCCUUCAAUUAAAAGGAAGCAUGUACAGUAAUAACAAAAA